UUAUUUGCUUUUCGAUAAACGAAGAAGACCAGGCUUCAGUGUCACGUUUGACAAUCUCGUGGGUAUGCGCAUACGCAGCGAUGACUUAUUAUAGCGUUGCGGGCGGUGAAAACAAGUAUCCAAAAAAUACCAAAACUUCCUUUCUCAAGACGAGCCUGUCCAAGCCAGACGACCUCCAUCUAUGCGCCGCUUCUGAUAUGAAGUGGUGAGAAUGAACCCCCGAGCUAACUUAUGCUUCUGUGAUUUAAUCAAAAAGCAUUAUCUUCGCCGUCCUAUACAACUGAAAGAAGUACAUUUUACCGGGCUGCGGGAUUCAUCUACAAGCAAAGACACAAUGAGCUGAUCUAUCGUAAAUGAGAAAUAGUUCGGAAUCACUUCCUGCAGAAACCCGCUUAAAGUAGUAUUAAAAGGAGAUUCUAGCGAAGACAUUGAAGCACAAAGUAUUUUAACCAUGAGCUGUGUCAAUUCCUCUUCAUGUUCUUCCUGUCCUCCUGUGGUCGUAGACUCCAAAAUGGUUUUAUCACUUCUGGGACUGAGUGUUAUCAGCGUGUUUACCAUCUUUGGGAAUACCCUGGUAUGCAUGGCUUUUGCCACAAACAAGCGUCUAAGGAUAUUGACGAAUUUCUACGUGGCCUCCUUAGCUAUUAGCGAUGUUUUAGUGGCUGUCGUAAACAUUCCCUUGUGGACGUACUGGAGAGCGAUCAACUUUUGUAACUUCAGAGGGAAUCCACUUUACGAGACAUAUGUCAUUUUCGACAUCCUUUGCGGAACAGCAUCAAUAUGGAACAUGGCUGCAAUCAGUAUCGACAGGCUCCUUGCUGUCGUUCACCCAACCGUAUACCGAGCCCGCCUUAAUAAGAAACCAAAACUGGCAGCCUACAUCAUUAUCUAUGUGUGGACAUUCUCCACCGCCAUGGCGCUUCUUCGCUUUACAUGGAAGAAAUGGAACUACGCACUAUUCCUAGUCGUUCUCAGUUUCUUCAUCCCGUUAUUUAUCAUCCUCUUUUCCUAUGGAAAGAUAUACAGCGUCGUUCGAUACCGCGCGAAGUGGACUGGAAGUGUGCUGAUUGAGCUCCGACUAGCACGGACUCUAGCCAUUGUGAUUGGCGCUUUUGUCCUGUGUUGGGGUCCAUUCUUCAUGUUCAACAUCGUGGCAUAUUAUUGCCGCAGGAACUGUAAAUAUGGCAACGCCACUGAAAUCAUCAAAUGGUUUCAAUACACCUCUUCGUGUAUCAACCCAAUCAUUUACACUAUACGAAAUAAAGAAUUUCGCUAUACUUUUCACAAGUUGAUCUUUAGGUGUGACUACAGGAACGGCUCGUACAGAAUAAACUCCUUACGUCCAAGACGGACCAUAUGCUGUGGGUGUUGCUCGAUACCAGACUUCGAGAUCUACGAAACGAGAUCGAGGUGCGGGACUUUUACCGAAGAUCAUGAUAGUCAAAUCACUAUGGCAACACUUAACGGUAACGGACAUUUGAGGACACUUUCUUUUACUAAUUCUGCAAUGCAAAGGUCACACGAAGAAACUGAUGGUCUACCUAGAGCGUCUUCCUUGUAAAGCUGUGGUCUGUGUUUUCUCAUGAAAACUCGCAUGCGCCAAAAUAAACAUGCAUCGUCAAAACUUGACUUAUUUUUAUCUGAAAAUGUAUCUCGUGGGCCAUCAAUUUUUAGAGGUAGACAAACUUACAUUUAAUUUCUUUACGUGAUAUCACUUGCAUACGGUAAUGGCCGCCAUGUUGGAUUAAAGUUAUCUUAUAGUCAUCCAACAUGGCUGCCAUGUUUUGUCUCAUCAGCCACACAGGUGCAAGAGUAUGGAGCGUUUUCAUUCACGUGAGAAGGCAGCCAUAAACAAUAGAAACUUUCUGCACACUUUUUGCAUAAAAAUAGUGUUCAAUUCCCGGAGGAAAGAAAAUGUAUUGUUUUGGUACACCAACAUGGCCGCCGUGACGUCUCGCGAAAACGUUCUAUAACUCAGUUUUACAGUGUAAAAAAUAUUUUAAAGUUCUGUAGAAUUUACUUUUUUUUAAAGUAUAUCAAUGGAAAUAAUAAGUUAAAGUUAUUUAGAAGUAGAAAAAGAAAAUUACCGGAAAGAAGUGUAUAAAUGGAUGACAAAAAGUGGAGGCUAAGUUAUUACGAUUAGUCUUUAAAUCCUAAUAUAAUUUAAUAUUCAAAGAUAUAACGCGUAAUCUGAUUGGUUGAAAAAUAUAAUGAAAACAUUGACGUCAUAUUUUUACUCAAUUCCAGAAUCUGUGUUUACCCUCAUUUCAUAAGAGAAAUUUAGAAACCCUUGAGGGAAAAAGAAAGUUGGGUAUUGCUUCCUAUAUAUAUAUAUAUUCUAAUAAUUCCAAAAUGUCACAUAUAUAUGAAUCCUCUAUUGUAACUCAAUACUGGCUUAAUACUGGUUUCGCCUUGCGACUUAAGCAUGCGCAUCCUCGAAUGCAGUAUUCCAAAUUAACAAAUCUUUGCUGUUCUAAACUAUAAUAUAUUUAUUUAAGGCUGAGAAGAUAGAAAGAUAGAAUACCCAAGGAAUCAAAGGAGAUAUAAUCUCUGUACUUUGAGUCCAGUCUCGCAAUCUGUUCGUCUAGAUUGCUUUCUGCGUCAAAGGCAACUCCAACUUUAGGCGCAACAAAUUUCCGCGAUCUCGUGUUUUCUUUCUUCCGUCUACCAAAUUUACGACUGUUUUUACACAGUAGUAAAUGUACGGCAUGGAGCGUUUUGGUCACAUUGAAGAAAAUAAACGCUGAACAAAAUGUAAAUACUACUAUGUAAAACAAAGUGUCGAAUAAAAAAAAUGUGACUUCCAA